AUGGCGAUUAGAGGUGCAGCUUCUUCAAUCGGAAGACAAACAAGCACAACAUCUCUGCUCUCGAUUUCAGGAUAUCUCAGAACUAGAUAUCAUGAAUUUAAGUAUUCGAUUCGCGCAAUACAAGGGGCAGCAGCAGAUCCUGUAACUCCCAAGAAAGAAGAUGAAGAACAAUUAUCCAAGGAAUGGAAGAUUAAAAUGCUUUACGAUGGCGAGUGCUCUCUUUGCAUGCGUGAGGUCAAUAUGAUAAGAGAGAGGAAUAAGAGCUAUGGAACAAUCAAGUUUGCUGAUAUAAGUUCGGUUCAAUACUCUCCGGAGGAGAAUCAGGGCCUUGACUAUGAAACUGUGAUGGGAAGAAUUCAUGCGAUCCUAUCUGAUGGAGCUGUAGUCAAAAACGUUGAGGCAUUUAGAAAACUAUAUGAAGCAGUUGGUCUGGGAUGGGUUUAUGCCAUAACCAAAUACAAGCCUGUUGCAACAAUAGCCGAUGUUGUGUAUGGUGUUUGGGCAAAAUAUCGUCUUCAAAUAACAGGUCAUCUGCUAGGUUGA